GAGGAGCGCUCCCGGCCUCCGCUGCAGCCGCGCGGCGACACCUGUUCGCGGCAGCCCGGCCGCACGCGAGCUCCCUCGCUCCCUCCGGGCCGCGGCUGCGCUCGCCCCGCCAGCCUGCGGAUCUCAGCCCAGGCUCCCGCGGACUCCGGACCUCAGCCUCCCUAGACGCCUAAAGUUUAUUUCCUCCCGGGGCCUUGGGGUUUGAUUUUCUUUUUCUUUCUUUCUUCUUCUUCUUCUUCUUUUUUUUUUUUUUUUUUUGGAGGGGUGGGGGACCAGGAGGAGCACUCGGCCGGCGCGAGAGGUUUUUUCCUCCCCUUGGAAGGAUUCCUGCUGAUGCCUGCAGUCGGCUCGAGUGGAGACGGCGCAUGCCUCCGUGGACUCGGGAUCCGUGCAUUCUGACGUAGCCCGUGCAUCCUACCAAAAAAAAAAAAAAUCCCUAUAAUAACGCCUAGGCAUUUAAGUUGCUAUGGUCAUUCCCGUCGCACGCCCGAUGGGGAAAGUCCGGAUUGCUCGCUUUCUCUCGGUGCCUAGGUCCUCCGCUCCCGCCGGCCGGAUGGGAUGAAGAGCUCGCCGCCUGCCGAGCGCCGGGACCUCGCAUCUCCAGCGACGCCGAGACAUGUUUAUCAGGAUGCCCGCGUGAGUAGAAAGUGCUGGCGGCUCCGACUCGCGGCGCUGUGACCUUGAACCUGUGCCAGCGAACCCGCAGACUACUUUUACCGUGAUUCUUCAUUCUGUGCGUUUCAUGGAUUGAAGAGCAGGACCCCCCCCACCCCACCCCCGCCCCCAUCCCCGGGUUGCAGCCGCAGCGAGGGAGCGCCAGGACAGUGGGACCCACCCGGCCGGCCGCCUCCCGGGUCGGCGCCGUCAGCAUUGUUCACCCCGGGCUUCCCGCAGCCGCGGCCCCCUAUGGCUCCCCUCGGAGAAGUUGGGAACUAUUUUGGCGUGCAGGACGCGGCGCCUUUUGGGAACGUGCCGGUGCUGCCGGUGGACAGCCCGGUCUUGCUGAGUGACCACCUGGGGCAGUCGGAAGCCGGGGGGCUGCCCAGGGGACCCGCGGUCACGGACCUGGACCAUUUAAAGGGGAUUCUCCGGCGGCGGCAGCUUUACUGCAGGACUGGAUUCCACUUAGAAAUCUUCCCCAACGGGACGAUCCACGGGACCCGAAAAGACCACAGUAGAUUCGGGAUUCUGGAAUUUAUCAGUAUAGCAGUGGGCCUGGUCAGCAUUCGAGGUGUGGACAGUGGACUCUACCUCGGGAUGAAUGAGAAGGGGGAGCUUUAUGGAUCAGAGAAACUAACUCAAGAGUGUGUUUUCAGAGAACAGUUCGAAGAAAACUGGUAUAACACAUACUCCUCAAACCUCUACAAACACGCGGACACUGGAAGGAGGUACUAUGUGGCGUUAAACAAAGACGGGAGCCCGAGAGAAGGCACGAGGACUAAACGCCACCAGAAAUUCACACAUUUUUUACCUAGACCUGUGGACCCAGACAAAGUUCCUGAACUCUAUAAGGAUAUUCUAAGCCAAAGUUGACAAAGACAAUUUCUUCACUUGAGCCCUUAAAACAAACAAACAAACAAAUGUAUGUAACCACUAUCAAGGUUUCCUGUGGUGGGUUCUAAUUGAUUAGCUGGGUCACACCAUCAACUCCACUGUUGCCAAACUUUGUCGCAUGCAUAAUUGUCCAAUGGAGGCUUGAAGGGAGACACUCAGACUUUGCUCUGCACUUGCAGAAUGGUCCUCUCUGGGGAGCACUGUCCACUGGCUGGGGUGCUGGUGAGGCAUGAGAGGGAGGCUGAGAGAGUGGUAGCAGGUGCAAGUAGUGGUGGGGAGGUGGGGUGGGGGUGGCAGGCUGAGCGAAGAGCCAUAGAAGCAGAGAGGACCACAGCCUGAUGCAUGCUGGGGACUAGACACGCUUUGACAUUUCUGAUCAGCCUUCUUCAUCCUUGCCAGCCCCCUCUGCCCUCCCACCCCGUCCCCCGCCGCUGCCAUACUUCGACUCAUCAGGAUUUAGGCUGGUGGCUAGUGCCAGCACCUGCUGCAUUUUUCAAAGGCAUGGAGGGGGCACAGUCUUACUGAAAACAAAACAAAACAAAAAUGGAAAGAGACGUUUUCAGUUUCUUCUCACUGGUGACGCCCCAGUGGAUGGCAAGCAAAGACCUCUUAGUAAAAAAAGAAGAAAAGAAAAAAAAAAGAAAAAGAAAAGAAAAAAAAGUUAAAUUUAUUUAUAGAAAUUCCAAAGGCAACAUUUUAUUUAUUUUAUAUAUUUAUUUAUUAUAUAGAGUUUAUUUUUAAUGAAAUCUGUACAGGCCAGAUAGGCGUUCUGGAAGCUUCAGCUCUGUAAGCAUUAAAUGGCAAAAGUCUGCUACAAAACCUGUGGUCAAUUCAGGCAAGUAAAAAUAGAAACGGUGCAUGGAUCUGGGGAAUUCUCAUGACCCUAAAUGUACUUAAAGGCGACAAUCUCUUUUGUGCCCGUAUUAUUGUAAACUUCUGCACACCAUUCAUGACACUGAGUAUUCACUCUCCAGACUGCUUGUUUCAUAGCUUAUUCCCAGAGGAUUAAAGAUAAACUGGGUCUCAAACUUUCA